GAGCAGAAGAACGGCCCCGAUUGCGGGAGAAAUCGUGAAGCUGCAUUUAACGGGAAAACAAAAGAGUGACGGGCUCUGGGGAAAGCGAAAUGUCAGCGCCGAUAUUUGGAGGAAACGCCUGACAUCUGUUUUUUUCCCUCUCUCUUAUUCAAGAGUGUAUCCCAGAACUUGCAGUGGAGAGCUUUUCGUUUCAAAUAAGGAUGACUGACAAGAAGAUAGGAAGUCCAGGGAUGACCAUCUUUAGGCCGUGUCGAGUGGUCGCUGCAGUAGCUUUGAUUUUGAUUAUACUUGGGGGUUUGGGAGCCGCCAUCUGGGCCCUCGUCACAUAUCUUAGGACAACAGAAGAUACAGGAUUAUUUGAUGUACAGGUAAAUGCAGCAGAUCAGAGGCUUCGAGUGUUUGACUCCACUCAGUGGAGGUGGAGACACGUCUGUUCAUCCAGUGCCAACCAGCUCAUCGCCAAUAUCAGCUGUGAGGAAAUGGGCUUUGUCAGAGCAGUAAAUUUCUCAGUGACCUGUGCUCCUGACAAUGGCGGUGACCAGGAGUUUUUCUGUGUUAAAGAGAGUGAGUUAACAUAUGGGAAAAAGAUAAAAACAGCCCUCUAUCCUUGUAAAUGUGACAGAGGUCAGAUUCUUGAGGUCAUUUGUCAAGACUGCGGUCAUCGCAUGCUGCCUGAAGAACGUAUUGUAGGGGGAGAAGAUGCUCGACAGGGUUCAUGGCCAUGGCAGGUCAGCUUACAGUAUGACGGAGUUCACCAGUGUGGUGGAUCCAUCAUUUCUGACCGCUGGAUUGUCAGUGCAGCUCACUGCUUUCCUGAGAGGUAUCGCCAUGCGUCACGCUGGCGGGUUCUAAUGGGCUCUAUCUAUAACACCCCCAUCCGUAAGAACAUUGUGAUUGCUGAGGUGAAGACAGUUGUUUACCACAGCAGCUACCUGCCCUUUGUUGAUGCCAACAUUGAUGACAACAGUCGCGAUAUUGCAGUCCUCGAACUGACAAAACCUUUGACGUUCACGGAUUAUAUUCAGCCAGUGUGUCUGCCGACAUAUGGCCAGCGGUUGGCGGAUGGGCAGAUGGGUACAGUAACUGGCUGGGGUAACAUGGAGUAUUAUGGCACUCAAGCCAAUGUCCUUCAGGAAGCUCAUGUGCCCAUCAUCAGUGAGGCUGUGUGUAAUGGCCCUGAUUACUAUGACAACCAGGUCACAACCACCAUGUUCUGUGCCGGCUAUGAGAAGGGAGGAACCGAUUCCUGCCAGGGAGACAGUGGUGGUCCUUUUGUUGCAGCAGAUGUCCUCUCUAAGACCAGUCGCUAUCGUUUGCUUGGGGUGGUGAGCUGGGGCACAGGAUGCGCCAUGGCCAAGAAGCCUGGCGUCUACACACGUGUGUCACGUUUUCUACCCUGGAUAUCUACAGCCAUGAGGAUGUAUGAGAAUUCACCAGGAGUGCACAAAAUGGCCCGGGCCAUUACGCCAUAGCCAUUCAGAGUGGAGAAAUGUUUCAUUUCAGACUGAAAUAUUCCACGUUGAAGUCAGAUUUGUUGAAUCAGACGUCUUUUGUUGAUCAGAUGAAAAUCAGCUCUUCUGCAUUGAUCAACCUGUCUCAUGGACAAUUGCUGAAUAUCUUUCUCAUUAUCUGACUCAAGAAGGCCAAGAACAAUUGUUGACGCUGUACUAUGGGUUCAAAAUGUUUGUGGACACCUCUUGUUUUCUUUGAAAACCUAUCACCAAAAGAUCAAUCUAAUCACCAAGUCAAAUGUGCAAUGUUGGCUCGACCUCAAAAGCAGCCUAUACUUAGCUUAUAAAAUUACAUAUCUACAAAAGGUAUAGAUAUUUUAUAUUACACUAUAUAUUUAAAUAUACAGUAAAUACAAGGAUAUUUUAUAUCCUACUUUAUUGCAGGGUUAUACAGAGUGUAGGUUAACAAGAAAAACAAUGAAAGUCAUGAGUUAGAUUGCAAAAUAUUGCAAAUGCAAGUAACAGUUGCAGAAAUGUUUUAGGGAAUCGAUCAAUGUUUUAUAAUGCAUUUACAACUAUGAAUUUUUUACAGAUCUCAUAAUUAAAGUACUAAAAGGCUGUACAAACAAAUAUUUUUUUUAUAAACAGUACAAUCAUUAAUAGGACAACAUUUCUGACUUACAGUAUUUAUCUCAAUUUUGUUUAGUAGUUGUUGAACAGGUGCUCUAUUCUACAUAAACAAAACAAAACAUAAACAUCAUAAAGUAAUACAGUCAUUCAAAUCUUUAGUACAAGAGCUUAUUUGUACAGUAGUAUUUUAUUUCCCAUGACUUCAUAUAUAAACAGAAUAGCAUGAAUAAUACAGGUUUCUGUGACAUGUGCCAUGAUUAAACAUGUACAAGUAAAGUUUUACUCAUUUCAAUUAUUUUAAAAUGGACAUACACCUUUUUUAACAUGUAUUUUUAUUUUAUUUUGACUUAUUUUCUUAUAUUUUCUCAAAGGAUAAGAUGUGCAUUGAUAUGUCUGGAUAACAAGCACUAAUGUAAAGAUGCAAACCAAAGGCUGGUUUAAAAAGUAGUAUGGAUAAGCUUACUAAGUAUUUCUGUGGCAGUCAGUAUUGUAUUGUUUUCUUUGUUGUAAAUACAAAUAGCUUCUUUACUAUUCAAUGCACUGUGUAAUUCAAAUGUAUUUUUAAUUUUAUUUUAAACUGCUAUAUUGUCAUCCAGAUUUUUUGCUAUAUGUAGCUUUGACAUUUUGACAAGUUUGAUUGCUUCUGUGUUUAUUUGUUACACCUGAAGUGCAAUCAAAUUAGUGAAAAAUGUCAAAGUAUAUAUAUAUACACACUGUAUAUGUAUACAUACAUAUGCAUCUUUUGACCUUUGACAAAUAAAGUCAACUGAAUAUUUUACUAUUAAAUGCUGAAAUAAAGACAUACACAUCUGUGAUGGCAUGAGGGGGUCAGUAAUUGAUGAGAGCAUUUUAAUUUUUGGGUGAACUAUUCCUUUAAUAAGCAUACAGUUUUUCAUAGUAAUGGCCUGUCACUAUGCCAUUAUUACCUUGGUUAAUGACGGUAUUGUCUGAGCCACGUAAAACUGUGCAUUCUUUUAUAUUUUAUGAAAAGGAAGCCUAGUCAAAUAAAAUGGCAAAA